UUGUAGUUGAGUUAUCUUCCCUCGUAUCCAUAAUGGAACAGCAUACAGACUAUAAAGCGCUUUUUUCUCUCUGCUAUUUUAUUAUUUUUCACUCACUAUAAAGCUAUAAAGCGUUUUUGUUUUAUUAUUUUUACUCACUAUAAAGCUUGCCCUGGCCUAGAUGUUUAUCCCUUGUCUUACUGUUACUUUUUAUUACAUUUCAGGCCUCACCCAUUCUAGCUGCAAGAUUCUUAACUCAUUGGGGGUUGAUGAUCCUUUUAGCGGACCUCAAGGCGACCAAAUCUGCUACAAUGGAAAGUUUCAACACGCAUAUUUUCUUCGUUACUUAACGGAUACACUUCACGCUAUUAGUGCGUCACGCAAGGCGUUGCCUCUUUUCUCGUACAUGGCUCUUAACGUUGCGCACGAUCACAGAAGCAUACGAACGCAAACUUUGGAUGUCGAUUUAGAACGUUAUGUGACUGACAUGGCACAGGAGCAAAACACGUUCACGAUUAUUCUAGCGGACCACGGGAACACGUACACAAGCUACACCUCAGAUGUGCUUGAAGGACGCUUUGAAAUGUUUCACCCAAGCCUCUUCAUUAUUGUUCCGGACAAAGUGGCAUCGCGCUUAGGAAAGAGCGCAAUGUCAGCACUGGCGGUGAACCAGCGACGGCUUGUCACAAUGAUUGAGUUGCACCGUUCUCUAAUGGUUUUGGCCAAGCCCCUUCUUGGUGGAGUUAAACAAGUGGGGCUGUUCACGCCCAUGUCUCUGAACCGCACGUGCGAUGACCUGGAACUCAGGACACCGAAUUUGUGUGUCUGUGAAGGCUGGGAUGUGCCAGCGGACAAUGACACCUCACGCAUACCCAUCGCGGAGUUUGCGAUUGGUCAGUUGAAUAAUCGAAUACAAGAGCAGUAUCAGGAAGAACUCUCGCGAAAAGCGAAUACUAAAGCCGGUGGCGGGAGGAUCAGGCGAUCUUGCCAAACACUGCUUCCUCUGUGGUUUGAGAAUGUGCGUGAAAGAAACUCCAAAACAGACGGCGCUCUGAUUACUUCCAUGGAUAUUCGCGUUGCUGCAGGAGACGUCGUUCCCCAAAGAGAAGACAUAUUUCACGUUGAAGUGUGGACAAAGGAGAUAAUAGGAGACAAGUCCUUACAAAUGAAACUGCUUUCUUAUGAUCGUCUUACGUUAUUCGGAAAGUACGCGGCAUGCGCGGAUCACAAUGUGAAACUUAAACUAUGCGUUUGUUCGCAAAACGCGACAAAAAUGAAAACAGAAAUCGCGCCUCUGUUUCUUGAAGGCUGGGAACGUUUCGGUCAGCGACCAAGCGUUAAAAAUGUUUCUAAUACGCGGUGUUUAAGGCUGAUUACAUGGAGUUAUGAUGAGAAGAAUUCGAAAGCGUAUGAAAUAGCAAAUGUUUGCCAAAAUCAGUCAUAUAGAGUCAAAAUAGAGGCGGUAGAGGCGUCCAACGUGAAGUUUUCACGCCAACUUCCUUUUCAUUUGGAUGUAAAACCUGGAGGCGUGUUGUUUGCUCUCUCAGUUAGGAAACACAUCAGCUACUGGAAUGCUCAAGUAGAAAUAGCUGCAACGGUUGACAAGGAAUUUUAAAAAUAGCUAUUUAACUAAGAAGUGCUACGCUCUCUGUGUAACCAUUGGUAACCUUGUCACGUGAGCUGGU